UGGAAAGUGGGCGUGAUACAUAAGUGAACUGAAUGCCGCCUGCAGCUUCAUCUGGCGGCCCUAAGCACCAGUCUUCUGCGUACACAUUUUUGGAGAGCGCAGUUAGUCAAACCAAUUGUUGACUUUUGCUAAAGUUUUUAACUAACUGAGAAGGGUGACGGGACGGAUAUAACAGUAGACAAUUUAAAAGGAAUUUCGAUCUUCAUUUUUAUUUAGAGGACCCCGCGCCCCCGAGAGCUUAACAAACUUUGUGGCACUUGAUGGAUACUAAGAUGGAUGAAAUGACUCCGCAUACUGAUAAGCCUACGAGUCAGCAAGCUUGUAUAGAACUGGAAAAGGCCACACAAUUCAUCACACAAGUAUUACAGCAUGAAGUAGGAAGGAACCGUGAGCUCUGCAUGGUGAUUCGUCGUCUGGAAGAGAGGGAGGCGGAGACUAGGGACAACUGGACAGAGCAGGUGGAGUCAAACCGACUGCUUAAGCUAAAGAUUGACGAACUACAGAAACACCUGGUGGAAAAAGACAACUUGCUCUCAAAGGCCAACCAGACUGUGACCUUCCUGUGGAAGGAGCUAGGGGAAGCGCAUCAGCUGCGAAUGAAGAGUCUCGGCUCUUCUCUCCAGUUAGAUCAGCUGAGAUCAACUGUUGCUUCACUGGUCCGGUCCGAACUACUGGUCUCCAUGCACAGCCAUGGGCCCCUGCUUUCGCCUCACAGCCAGUUGUCACUGGUCUCACCUGAUGCACAAAGUCCUUCAUUCUUAUAUGCUCAGCAUGGUCCGCCUGUUUUGCCCAACGCUGAAGGUCCACCGGUUCUGUCUCAUGUCCAGAGUCCACCGGUUCUGUCUCAUGUCCAGACUCUGCAGGUCUUCUCUGACUCUCAGCGUCCAGUGGAAGCUCCAGUGUGUGAGAUUAAAGCGGAACCUGAUGUUGAAAAUGAUGGAGAUGGAGAUCACAGUCAGUCUGGGCAACAAGGGAAGGAUGAGGAGAGCAGCAGUGAUGGAGAACUGUCUGAGACCCGAAACGGAUCAUCUCUCUCAUCCCUGAGGUUCCCAGUAUCCUCCUCCACCUCACACACAGAGACAGAGAAAUCCAAUAAGCACUCCUGCUCUAUGUGUGGCAAAAACUUCCAAUUUCGGUCUCUGCUCAACCAGCAUCGCUGCUCUCACACCGGAAAGAACUCCUGCACUCAGUGUGGCAAGAGUUUCUCUACAGGGAAAAGUCUCAAACAACACCAGUGCCCCCACGCAGGAGAGAAACCUUACCACUGUUCUCAGUGUGGCAAGAGUUUCACUACAGGGAAAGCUCUCAAACUACAUCAGGCAAUUCACACAGGAGAGAGACCAUACUCCUGCACCCAGUGUGGAAAGACUUUCACUUCAGGGCAGUAUCUCAGACUACACCAGAAAAUUCACACAGGAGAGAAGCCAUACUGCUGCAUCUAUUGUGGCAAAUGCUUUACUCAGAAUUCAAAUCUUAAAUCACAUCUGCGCAUUCACACACAAGAGAAGCCUUACCAGUGCACUCAAUGUGACAAAUGUUUUACUCAACAUAACGGUCUCAAAUCACAUCUGCGCACUCACACACAAGAGAAGCCUUACCGCUGCACUCAGUGUGACAAAUGUUUUUCUCAUCGUAAGAGUCUCAAAUUACAUCAGCGCGUUCACACAUGCUAGAGCCCUGACCUGGAUCAUACACGCACACACACACACACACACACACAGAAACACUUUACAUACACUAUUGAGUUUUUGAGAACUUCAUGUCAAUGUAGUAUUUUAAAUUUGGUGUCUGUUCCUUCACCUCUUUUAACAAAUAGUAAAAGUUUUUUGUUUCUCUUCAA